AUGCUUGACGAGGAAGGCUGGCCUCUCGGACUGGGCGCCCUGAAUGUACGAGCCCUAGUGCUCAGAGGUGUCGAUCUGUCUGGCUCAGCGUCGUCCUUCAGCACGGCCUUCACCUCCUCUAACUGCGGUUCGUCCUUGCCUUCGACUGAAUUCGACACAGAGUCGGCCUGGUCCUUGGCGCCCGGCGGCGGCAGCGGCAGCAUGACGCUGGCGAGUCUGAUCGGCCUCGUGGACGCCAUGGAGAGCCGGCGCCGCCCGAGCGCGAGGGCGAGCAGGAGCGGGAAGCUCAAGGCGCUGCUGCUCUCGCUCUGCCUCCAGAGCCACCUGGAGAAUGGCAGCGCGGCGCCGUCGCUCGGCCACUUCCUCGAGAUGGAGAGGAGAGACAGUGGUGGUAACAGACAAGUCCACGGGCUCUGA